GACAACCGGAAGUUUUCGUUUUCUAAUCGUUCGGCUGGACCUACAGGUUGCGAAUCCGCUGCAGAAGGAGAUUUACGUCGGUGAGAAAUGGCUCGUGGAUUUAGGAAAACUGCGCAUACCGGAACCGGAACCGGAAUCGGAACCGGAACCGGGAUAAGGACGAGGAGCAAUCCGUGCCGGUGCAAGGUGGUGGGGCCAACGGUGGGAAUCCUGGCGUGCGCUGCGGCGGGGUUGGUGGAAUGGCCGGUGGGUGCUCUCGUAUACGUUUUCCGGCACAUGAAGGGCCGGCGCAUAAUGUCCCACCCGGUUAAUGUCGUCUACCCUCGUGUUGCAAGAGCUAUUCCCAUUUAGUUCAAUCGUAACACAUAUGUUGGCUGGCUCGCUUAUGUUGUAUUUUUCUUUUUAUUUGGGGGAGUGUAUUUUCAUGUUUGGUU